CAACAGACACAUUUCAAUUUUCUUCUCUCGGUUGGAUUAUUAAAUUGCCUCAUAAUUUAUGGAUUUGCCCAACAAAGUGGGAACGUUUGUAUAAACGCUAAUGCAAAAUCAUGUGCCGAUUGUAUACAAGCUGGGCCAAAUUGUGGAUGGUGCAAAAAUAUAACCUUUUUACAAGAAGGGGAAUCUACUGCAGCACGAUGUGAUGUCUUGGAAUCUUUAAAAAAUAAAGGCUGCCCUCCAGAAGAAAUUGAAAAUCCCAGAGGGACACAUAUACUGCUAAAAAACAAAGAAGUAACAAAUCGUGUCAAAGGGACUGCUGAGAGUCUUAGACCAGAAGAUAUUACUCAGAUUCAACCACAGCAAGUGCUGUUAAAGCUGCGGAAAGGAGAACCACAGACAUUUUCAUUAAAAUUCAAGAGAGCUGAAGAUUAUCCAAUUGACCUUUAUUACCUCAUGGAUCUCUCCUACUCUAUGAAAGAUGACUUGGAAAAUGUCAAAAGUCUUGGAACUUCUCUAAUGAGUAAAAUGAAGAAUAUAACUUCAGAUUUUCGAAUUGGCUUUGGUUCUUUUGUUGAAAAAACAGUAAUGCCUUAUAUUAGUACCACACCUGCCAAACUCAGGAAUCCCUGCACAGGUGACCUUAACUGUACAAGUCCCUUUAGCUACAGGAAUGUACUCAACUUUACCAGCAAUGGAAGCUGGUUCAAUACACUUGUGGGUGAACAGCAAAUCUCAGGCAAUUUGGAUUCUCCAGAAGGGGGAUUUGAUGCAAUAAUGCAGGUUGCUGUUUGUGGUUCAAAAAUUGGAUGGCGAAGAAAUGUCACUCGACUAUUGGUUUUUUCCACGGAUGCUGGGUUCCAUUUUGCUGGAGAUGGGAAACUUGGAGGGAUUGUUUUACCAAAUGAUGGACAAUGUCAUUUAGAAAAUAAUAUGUACACAAUGAGCCAUUACUAUGAUUAUCCCUCCAUUGCUCAUCUUGUUCAGAAGCUAAGUGACAAUAAUAUUCAGAUAAUAUUUGCUGUUACAGAGGAAUUUCAGCCAGUAUACAAGGAAUUGAAGAAUUUGAUUCCUAAGUCUGCAGUGGGAAUGCUCUCUUCAAACUCCAGUAAUGUGAUUCAGCUGAUUAUUGAUGCGUAUAAUUCAUUAUCUUCAGAAGUUAUUUUGGAAAACAAUAAACUACCUAAGGAGAUAGCAAUAGAAUAUAAAUCUUUCUGUAAAAAUGGAGUGAAUGGAACAGGAGAUGAAGGAAGAAAAUGCUCCAACAUUUCAAUUGGAGAUGAGGUUAGGUUUGAGAUUAAAAUAACAGCUAACCAGUGUCCAGAAAAAGGGCAAAAUGAAACAAUUAAAAUCAAGCCACUUGGUUUCACUGAAGAAGUAGAAAUUAAUCUGGAGUUCAUUUGUGAAUGUGAUUGCCAUAAUGAAGGAAUUGAAGACAGCCCUUUGUGCCAUUUUGGAAAUGGAACAUUUGAGUGUGGUGCUUGCAGGUGCAAACCUGGGCGUAUUGGAAAGCAUUGUGAAUGCAGCAUGGAAGAAGUAAAUAGUGAAGACAUGUCAGGCACCUGUAGGCAGGCUAACAGUUCUGAAAUAUGUAGCAACAAUGGUGAAUGUAUUUGCGGACAGUGUGUGUGCAGAAAGCGAGAGAAUCCAAAUGAAAUCUAUUCUGGCCCAUAUUGCCAGUGUGAUAACUUCAAUUGUGAUCGAUCCGAUGGUUUAAUUUGCGGAGGACACGGUGAAUGUAAAUGUCGUGAAUGUGAAUGCUGGGCAAAUUACAGUGGCUCUGCUUGUGAGUGCCCCCUAGAUACAACUCCAUGUGAAGCUGCAAAUGGGCAAAUCUGCAAUGGUAGAGGAAUAUGUGAUUGUGGAGUAUGCAACUGUACCGAUUCCAAAUUUCAGGGCCCAACGUGUGAGCUAUGUCAGACUUGUCUUGGCGUCUGUGCAGAGCACAAAGAUUGUGUGCAGUGCAAAGCCUUUAACAAAGGAGAAAAGAAAGAACGGUGUGAAAAGGAAUGCUCUCACUUUACUUUGGAGUUGGUAGACCGUAGAGAAAAGUUGCCGCAGCCUGGACAAUAUGAUGCACUGACUCACUGCAAGGAGAAGGAUAUUGAUGACUGUUGGUUUUAUUUCACAUACUCUGUUGUUUCAAACAACAAGGCCAUUGUCCAUGUGGUGAAGACACCAGAAUGCCCAACUGGUCCUGACAUCAUCCCCAUCGUUGCUGGUGUGGUCGCUGGAAUUGUUCUUAUUGGUCUAGCUUUAUUGCUGAUUUGGAAGUUACUUAUGAUCAUUCACGAUAGAAGAGAAUUUGCAAAAUUUGAGAAAGAAAAGAUGAAUGCAAAAUGGGAUACGCAAGAAAAUCCAAUAUACAAGAGUCCUAUUAAUAAUUUCAAGAAUCCAAACUAUGGACGUAAAGCUGGUCUCUAAGUUUCCGGUGAAAAUCCUAUAUACAAGAGUGCAGUGACGACUGUAGUGAAUCCUAAGUAUGAGGGGAAAUGAAAACUGCUUUACAACUUCACAGCAGUGUGUGUAAUGUAGCAGUUUUGUACUCAUAAUAAACUAGCUUUUGGCAAUACUGCAA